GGGACGGCGCGAGCGGCGGGGCCGGCAGUGCCCUGGUCCCGGCGGGAAGGAGGAGGAGGAGGGAAAGCGGGGUUCCACCCGCUGGAGCCGGGCGGGAUGGAGAAGUACGACGACCUGGGUCUGGAAGCCAGCAAGUUCAUCGAAGACCUCAACAUGUACGAGGCCUCCAAGGACGGUCUCUUUCGGGUGGACAAAGCCGCCGGCAACAACCCCGAGUUCGAGGAGACCAGGCGGGUCUUUGCCACCAAAAUGGCCAAGAUCCACCUCCAGCAGCAGCAGCAGCAGCAGCAGCAGCAGCAGCAGCAGGACAUGCUGGCACCUGCCCUGAACGGAGGGGCCACCUUCGCCGCCCCCCGGCCCAGCCCGGCCCCGGCACGGGGUGCCAAGCCACCCCCGGCCUCCGGCGCGGAGGGGCCGCGGGCCAGGCUGUACGACGGCGCGGAGCGCGGCUUCGGAGACGGCGGGGCACGUGCCGAGGCUCCCGGGAGCCAGGCUGGGCGCCGGAGCUGGGAAGCGGAGCCCAGCAGCAGGAUCCCCAGAGGCGGGGGCUCGCAGCCCGGCGCGGGGCGUGGGGAGCAGCAUGCUGGCGGUCCCGGCGUCCCGCAGCCCUGCCGGCAGGAGAACGGCAGCGAGGGCAAGCGGGGCAGCGGGAGCCAGAGGCCCGCCUCCUCCUCCUCCUCGCACGCCUGGAGCAGCGCAGCCCCCUCGGCAGGGGCAGAGGAGGGGGCGCCGGGGCCCCCAGCGCAGCAGAGAUCCUCCUCCUCCUCCUCCUCCUCCUUCUCGUCGCCCGCCGUGCAGCCUGCCCGGGGGUUUUCCGGCCCUGCUGAGCCCUGCGGUCCCAGGGCUGGAGGGGAUGGCAGCCAGCUGUGGUACCAGGGCGUCCCGCUGUCCUUCCCACCCAGCUCUGCGCCCACCCCCCCCAGUGUGGACUACCAGCAUGCCACCGCCUACCCCGGCCCGGCUGGCCACUUUGUGGCCCACGGGCAGAACCACCGGCCCAACGGCAGCAGCUCCAGCCCCGAGCCGGGCUCCUCGCACCUGGCCUCGCACAGGCCGGCGGCUCCGGACGCUCCACAGCCGCCUUUCCCGGAGGGCACGAGUGGCCCCAGGUCGGAUGCCAGGCACCCAGAGAGCUCCGGCACGGCGAAGGUGAAGCUGCCCUGCCAGACCCUCCUUCCCCAGCCGGAGCAAGGGCCGUCGGCUGCCGAGCUGAAGCUGGAGGCGCUGACCCAGCGCCUGGAGCAGGAGAUGGAUGCUCGGCCGAAGGCUGAUUACUUCGGCACCUGUGUGAAAUGCAGCAAGGGGGUGUAUGGAGCAAACCAGGCUUGCCAGGCCAUGGGCAACCUCUACCACGACAGCUGCUUCACCUGCGGAGCCUGCAGUCGAAAGCUGAGAGGAAAAGCCUUUUAUUUUGUCAAUGGCAAGGUGUUCUGUGAGGAAGAUUUCCUGUAUUCUGGUUUCCAGCAGUCAGCUGACAGGUGCUUCAUUUGUGGUCAUUUGAUAAUGGACAUGAUCCUGCAGGCUUUAGGGAAGUCUUAUCAUCCAGGCUGCUUCCGAUGUGUGGUCUGCAACGAGUGUCUGGAUGGUGUGCCAUUCACUGUGGACUCUGAAAACAAAAUCUACUGUGUCAGAGAUUACCACAAAGUUUUAGCUCCGAAGUGUGCAGCAUGUGGACUUCCCAUUCUGCCCUCUGAGGGGUCUGACGAGACCAUCAGGGUUGUGUCCAUGGACAAGGAUUACCAUGUGGAAUGUUAUCACUGUGAGGACUGUGGGAUGGAGCUGAACGAUGAAGAUGGACAUCGCUGUUACCCGCUAGAUGAACAUUUGCUUUGUCACUCCUGUCACCUGAAACACAUAGAGAAUGGCACUACCCCAGCAGCUGUGUACCAGCACCACUACUAGCCAGCCUGGCCGAGAUGGGAAAGCCCGGACAGAAGACUUGUUACAUGAUCUCCCUCUCCCCACCCUCAGCUGAUUUCCUGUGCAUGUUUCUUACCAGUCGGCAAUCUUCCUGUCAAAGGAUGUGAGGGAUUUUUUGCUGGAUUCCUAGAAUCUGUAUGCUUGUGAGUUCCAGCUGUAUCAAACCAUGUCUACUUGACCAAGAAUGUGACAUGUUACCUAAACUGAUCAGUUUACUUUUAUGUGCCUUUUUCUGCUCUGGAGAGUCUUCUUGGCUCAUUUUGGCAGAUUCUUCAGUGAAAGCACAACUUGCUGCCCUGCCUCUGAACUCAGAUCCUGCCAUGCACAGCUAAAAAGCCAGAGUCUUGCCUGCCUGGCUGCCGGGGACAUCCUGUCAGUCUACUAAGUGUUUCCUGGCAAGCACGUUUCGACAGAUUCCCUGAAGGACAUCAACCUGUUAAUACCAGUUUUUAGACACUCUCUUUUUAUUAAUUCUCCAGGAAAAGGAAAAGAUACGUGCAAAAUGUCCUGCUCAGACCUUCCAGUUAAUACCCUGAACUCCUGUAUCAAGUCUGGCUGUGAAAGCACCAACUCUUCAAACCCAAAACAGGCAUGCUGGCUGUCAGGAGGAAGCCAACAUCCCAUUCCAAACAGAACAAAAAAAACUGGAACAAGCUAGGCUAAUCUACUGCAGUGACUCGGGGCCUGGGCUUGCAUGUCGGUGUGAUAUGCAGGGGCCUGUCUGCUGUGUAAGAGUGAAGAGCAGAUUAUAUUUGGAAAGGAAAGGUCAGAAUGCUGAAAGUGUGGACACUGGGGAAAUCCAGCCUUCAAUCUUGCUUGCAGAGCUUGCUUUGGACAAAAAGCUCUUCCUACACAGACACUUGCCUGAGUUUUUCAGCUUGUCCCCACAGCUCAGCCCUCAGCCUGGCCACUGCUUUCUGUGGUGUUUACCCAGUACAAAGCCAUUUCAUAAUGGUGCUUAUUUAGAGCUCUGGGAACAAACUUGAGAUCAUUAGAAAGACUUUGUUACGCAGGGAUUUAGAGCCCAGCUCCACAACCUGUAGUCAAAUGAGUCUGUUGAUAUAAACAGAUUUGUUCCUGUGAAUAAUAACAUCUUAUCUGAGCAAGGAGUUAGUGAGUUUGGCCCUUGGUUUCUGUUCUGCUGAGAAAGCAGAAAGGCAGACAGUUUCUUUUUUUGAAUCCCCUGCUUCAUAGUCAAAAAAGUCUUGUCCCCCCAGUAAAUGUUACAUGUAAGAUAGAUGUGCCUGCAGCUCAUGUUCUGUAGGUACCAAAGCUGUGCACCUCCUCAUGGACAGGUACAAAUAUUUUCUUUGAGAAAAAACUUCUAAAGUCUCAGAUGCAAUCAGGGAUCUUAUCUACCCUUUCUGAUACACUGUGUGGAAAACCAGUUAAGUUCUAAUGUAUCCGUGCUGAAGGUGUAACUUCAGCUCUGAUUGUCAGAGGACAGGAUGACAUUCUCAAAGACCUUUUUAGUGAGGAAACGACAAUAAAUUGGUGCUGGGAUUGCUGGCACACACCUGGCACCAUGGUUCAACCAAACCUCUUUUCCUGUAGCACAAAUGUAGCUGGAUCUGUCCUUGAACUUUACACUGUGUAGUCAGGCUGCCUCGAGUGCCCAUCUGGAGCAGCACAGGUGCUGGCUGUGGUAAUAGCUGUGGUAAUUAGCACAGGCUGUCUCUGCCUGUGCUAAUAAAUACCACGAGCCUCCGUUUUGAGUUCUGCAAGUUGCUGUGCUAAGUACUGAACAAGGCACAGGCAAGAAGAUGAGUGGCCUGUUCACCAUCUUCUACAUGUCUGUAUCAGCUUGCCUCAGCUCAAGUGUGAGCACCUGAAACUGCCCAAGCCUUAAGAGUGUGGUGGUUUGGGCAUGGAGUUUCAUUGGGUCUGCAGACCAUGCAGCCUUCUGCCCCAUCCAGCUGUCAGCAUCUCCACCUGUUGCUGCUGCUCUUUGGGAUGGAGAUGGCAGCACAUGGCAGGAAACCAUCCAGAGCCCCAGCUUUCCUUGUGUAUCUUGGCUUUGUGGUGCUGUUCCUCCUGGGGACAUGCAACCCCUAAGUGCGUGGCCAAAAGCUCAAGGGGAGAACUUUCCCACUGCAGAAUACAUGGAUCUCAGCCACACGUGAUUCCGAGAGUUUCAUCUGUGAUUUUAGAGGAGAUAAAAUUGACCCCAAAUAUGUGGGCUCCCUGGAGACUUAAUUUGACCUCCAAAUGCUGGAAAGCAAAGGGAUGGGAACCAACACAAAAUGUAUUUGGUGCAGUAUCCAGGCAAUAUGGACUGGGGACAACAAAAUGCCCAGGGUGGAUCCUGCAGUGCUCUCACCCCAGCAUGCAGUGUCAGCUUGUGUCCUGCAGUGCAGCUGGGCACAGCAAGGAUGUCUCAAGACGCAACUGUGAUCUUAGGACUGUCUGAGGGGACUGAAGUGGGAGAUAAUUCCAGCUGAGUGUCUCUGGUGAAUAAUUCAGAUAGUCUUGAGCUGGUGCUUCCCCUCUUUGAGUUUCCUCUGGCAGUAAAGGCAGUGAGAUAUCAAAAUGGCUUUUGGAAGUGAGCUGGUAACACCAUCCCUGAUCUCUUUUUCUGUCUGUAAGAGACCAGCUAUCACAUGGCUCAUGCUUUUGCUAGCUCUUGAUUUUUAGAGCAACCCUUCAUGCAUAUUUUCUGGCUGAAAACACUAUCAGAACUGAUCUUUUCUGUUUAAGGCUACAGUUUAAACCACUGUCUCACUCGUGCAGCCUUCCCCACAACCCCAAGAUAAGCAGGCAAGAAGGGGAGAGGGAGAAGACAAUUUUGCUUCAUGGAAGGCCUCGAGCAGUCUUGUUUUGUGGAGCCUCCUUUGCAUCAACAGAAAGUCUGGCCUCUGCUCCCAGUUGGUGUCUUGUUACUCCUGUCAGCCAACCCAUAUCCCUCAGCACUGGGGAAAUUAAGGCUGCCCUACUUUCAGUUUUGAGGUCCAGUAUAAAUUAUUAAAUGCCAACACUCUCCUUUCCUGUAUUUACAAAGAGCUAGAAACGACAAAUGUGAAGCCAUUGAAAAUGGAACCGUGUGAGUUGGUGGUUUGGAAGCAAAUGUCUGCUUGCAUUGCCCUGCUUGCCUAUGUGUACUAACUUGCACCGCUUUUAUCCUUGGGAGUUUGAAUUAAUUUAAGCUCCUUAUUAUUCCUGCCUUUUCUCCUAGGCUGUGGGCGUCUGAGCCCGUGUUGAUUGCUCGCAGCUUGGCCCCAGCUCUGCAGCUGCCUGAUGGUGGGUCUGCUGGGAGGCAGAGACAUCCUACCCUGCACAGGGGAGGCUUCUCCUCCUUGAUCCCCCCUGCCAGGCAUCUGUGGAGCUGCAUCCCUCGCUGCCUGCCUUCAGGCUGCUCCCCCAAAGGAGCUGGAGGGGGGAGGCUUAGUGUGCUCUGCAGGAGAAUUUCAGAAAACGUGUUAAAUCCUGUCUGUCACCUAGCUGAUAGGCGUUGGAUUUUGCUGUUCACCGUGAACCCUUGUUUUCUUUUUAUUUAUUAAGAUGCUGAAACGUGCUGUGAAAAGUUUAAUUCCUCCCCCAGCACGAACUUCUGACUGGCUUUAGGGUAAGGGACCCCUGGAAGUCCCAUUGUGCUGGUAAUGAGUAGCUUGACAUACAAAUGGUUAUUCAAGUGAAUUCCCUGAAACUUGCUUUCAGGAGCUGGAGCUUAACAGAGUUUUUUGUUCAGAUCAUGCUGUUAAAUUUCUGUUGUUUAGAAUAUGGAAACUAAUUGAAAUAAGAAUUUUUGCAUAAAAGCCAGAGGGAAAGCCCCGGCUAUAGAAGCAGCAGAUAUUUUUGGAAGUGUAAAGUGUAAGAAACACCUGUAAUCAGUGAUUUAGGAAACUGCUCUUAUGUUAAACACAGGGAACAGCAUUUUCAAACACCCUGGUGAGGAGUGUUUGAUGAGGUCCAUGGCUCUUCAGUUUCUGAGUUUUGUCUGGGGGCUUUGAAAAUGUUUUUCCAGACUUUCAAGGUUUAAUUUUUUUUUUUUUGGUAGAUUUUUUGCUACAAAGGGAAUCAAUCACUCCUUGGUCUGGAAACGGUGGAGUCUCUUAAGGAUGAGGUGUGCUAUGGCAGAUGUGAAAGGGGUGGAACUGGACUCCUAAGAGCUGGCAUGGGACUGGCUUGGCCGUUCGAAAGGAAGGGGUAUCUUUGGCUGCCAAGAGAAGAAAGCAAAUAUCUUCCUGUGCCUUCUCUUUGUAAUGAUUUAUAACCCUGGGCAAAUAUUUGGCACCCCUGAAUUUCAGGAUUUGGGUCUGUUCGUAAGCACUGCUGCAACCUCUGCCUCCCACGCAGCCAUAGCCCUCGGAAGAAUCACAGGCACACUCUUCCUCAUUGAUUUAAUUCCCAUUUUACACUUCAGUUUACCACUACUUUAUUUAAGCAACAGAAAAAAACAGGUCCUUUUCCCCAUCCUGACUUGAACAUUUUGACUUGAUCCUCCCAACUACCUGAGUAUCAGCCUGCUGCUGGUCGAUGCGGCAGCAGCUUUGUACUCUGCUGCUGUUGCUAAGAAAAUUGCAUGAGGGACUCGGUCUGCAUUAAACUUGAAGUGCAGCCCCACCAAAACCAGUAAGGCUGCACACGUCCAUGAAAAUUAAUGUGUGUGCAUAGAGGUUAGUGCUGGAUCAAGGGCAGAGUGAUUCUAUUGCAGGCAAGACAUACCUAGGGGAUGAUUGUGCAGCACUGCAAAAGUUGUCUCGAAGAGGUUGCUGAAGUGAACUGCCAACUUUCUUGUUCAAUAUACAAAAAUAUGUACUGAAGCAGUGGAGGUGCAGGGAGAAAGGAGGAUGUGACUUAAAUACAGGAGCUGUAGGGAAAAGAUGGCAGGUGCUUACAGAAGACAGGGGAGAAUGCAGCAGGGAGGGGAUUUGCUUUUGUUUGUCGUAUGACUGGACAUUUAUUAGAGGGAUUUUUGAGGGGAAGCACACCUAGGUGUGCUGGUCUGGACUGUCCUCCCAUGUCAGCCUCAUCUGCCUGCUCUCUGUGUGCUUUUGGGGUCGUGUAUGCUGUCAGUUCUGUGCACAUGCUGCCCGUGAGAGACCUGCCUGUCACACCUCUCUGCCAGGGUUUGUAGAUGUCUUUGGAGCAACCUUCUGUACAUGACUGUGAGGACAAAUUGACCCAGGCUUAUUGCUGGAGAAACAUCUCUGGAGCCAGUACCUGCAGGCAGGGAAGGGAUAUGGCCAGAUAAACGGCCCUUUUCUCCCAUCCUCUGAGGCCAAGCUCCCACAUUGCUGGGAGGGGUUUUGCCUCUCUUGUCACACUGCAUUUGUGUGUUGCAGUUUUCUUUUCUGGUUCUGCAUCGUGCUGCUCACUGGCUGCAGUGGCACUAGGUGUAAUUCCCAGAGCUGAUUGGGCAGACAUCUUCCUGCUGUGAGUCCAGAGCUGCUCACCCAUCCUAAGGAGAAGCCAAAUCAAGCUUUUUUGAGCAAUAAAAACCUUCACUCUGCUUUCUUCAAGGGCAGCCAGAAGCUCGCGUGGCAAUAUAAUCAGUAGCUCGCUAAGUCUGGAAGGAGCUAAAAGACAGAAGCUAUCCCCCACGUGAAGACAGGUGGCAUAGAGUCCCUGAGGGCAGACACCAGGGAUACCCCACACCCCGGGAUGCAAGGAUGACCGGGCUGCAGUUCCCAGCUCCCCUGGCACCGACCCAGCAGGUCUGCGGUGCACGGCCAGAGGGGGACAUGCAUGCUGUCACUUCCCAUAUCUGGAGAGCAAAUCCAGAGCCUGGCUAACAAUACUGAACGGUACUAAUUAUUUUGUUUAUGUUUCCUUCAAAGCUCAGCUCCAGGAGACAGUAUUUUAGGAUUUGUGCUGGUGUAACUAACCUUAGCCACCUGUGAACACAGCCCUCCUUUCUUCUGUGCUGUUAAAUAUUUAUAAAGAUUGAAGGCUGGCAGAGGGGGGCAAAGCUGCCAGUCUGUUUUGAUUCCAGUGAUUAAAGACAAUACCGUAAAGCAA